UCACACGCAGGUGGCGGUGUCCCAGGAAUGGCCCGGAGUAAGCGCCACCGCCAGAGUAUGCCCGGACCGUGGAUUGCAACGUGCCGGGCCUAAGAAACUUGCCCGAGGACUGGGGUCUGCUGGAAACGCUUUGGAUCCCGCAGACUCUCCGCGCCUCUCCCCCCGCCUGCAAACAGACGCGGUACCCUUGUGCAGCGCGGCUGGGGCUGCGGAUUUCCCGCCCGUUCGGCUCACCCCGCGGCAGAGCGGCCGCCUGGGCUCGCCUAGCGGUGCCUGCCAGCCCUGAAGGGGGCCGUGCCUUGUGCGCUCUGCAGCCCGCGGGCGGGGUGCGCGCUGCUCAGCCACCCACUCCCGCCGCCAGCCGGAGCUGUGCACACGGCUGGGCGGCACAGCGGCGCUCGGGGGAGCUGGCGCUGCCUCCUCUAGCUCCUCUCGGUCCUCCAGAGCUGGCAACCAGGGGCCCGAACCGGCGUCGCGCCGCUCCCCUCAGCUCCUGCAGAGGGCACGGCAGAGAGGAGGCUCCCCGGGGCCGGGGGAGGAGCAGCAGCCGCGGAGCCGUCGCCCCGCUCCCAGGCAGCCGGCCGGCGGCAUGAACCCCUGCGAUGCCAAGGAGUAUCUGGCCCGGAGGGAGAUCCCGCAGCUCUUCGAGAGUCUGUUGAAUGGGUUAGUUUGUUGCAAGCCUGAUGACCCAGUAGAAUAUCUGGAAAGCUGUUUACAAAAAGUGAAGGAAUUAGGUGGGUCAGAAAAAGUGAAAUGGGACACCUUUGUUAGCCAAGAAAAGAGGACAUUACCUCCACUCAAUGGAGGACAAUCAAGAAGAGCCUUUUUCAGGAAUGUGAUGCCUGACAAUCCUAAUUUUCCUUAUCGACGAUAUGACCGACUCCCCCCAAUCCACCAGUUCUCCAUAGAAAGUGACACAGAUCUUUCUGAAACUGCUGAGCUAAUUGAAGAGUAUGACGUAUUUGAUCCUACAAGACCUCGACCAAAAAUCAUCCUUGUCUUAGGUGGCCCAGGAAGUGGGAAGGGAACCCAAAGUUUGAAAAUAGCUGAACGUUAUGGAUUCGAAUACAUAUCAGUUGGCGAAUUGUUAAGGAAGAAGAUCCAUGAUACAAGCAGCAAUAGAAAAUGGAGUCUAAUUGCUAAAAUAAUUACUACGGGAGAACUGGCCCCUCAGGAAACAACCAUAACUGAGAUAAAGCAGAGAUUAAUGCAGAUUCCUGAUGAAGAAGGUAUAGUUAUUGAUGGAUUUCCAAGAGACGUUGCACAGGCACUCUCCUUUGAGGACCAAAUCUGCACUCCAGAUUUGGUGGUGUUUUUGGCUUGUUCCAAUCAACGGCUGAAGGAAAGGUUAUUGAAACGUGCUGAACAGCAAGGGAGACCUGAUGAUAACCUCAAAGCCACUCAACGACGGCUAAUGAAUUUCAAGCAGAAUGCAGUUCCACUUGUCAACUAUUUCCAGGAAAAGGGGCUAAUCAUCACAUUUGAUGCAGAUAGGGACGAGGAGGAGGUUUUCUAUGACAUAAGCAUGGCAGUUGACAGUAAGCUGUUUUCUCCCAAAGAGACCAUGGCAGGGACAAAUGUACUUGAUCCGAGUCCGAUUAUGGAUUCUGGAGAUAUUCUGGAUACUGAAUUUGACUUUGAAGACCAGGCAGAUGACCAAUCAAAUCUCUCUGGAUAUGAGAACACAGGCGAUUUUACAGAAGAUGUAAGGAAAUCUAACAUCAUUUUUGUAGUUGGUGGCCCUGGCUCUGGCAAAGGAACCCAGUGUGAAAAAUUAGCACAGAAAUAUGGAUUUAUACAUCUGUCCACUGGAGACCUCCUCCAAUGUGAAUUAUCAUCAUCAUCAGAGAGGAGCAAACUGAUCAAAGACAUCAUGGAAUGUGGCGAACCAGUCCCUGGGGAUAUUGUUUUGGCGCUCCUGAAGGAAGCCAUGAUUGCCAGUUUAGGAGACACAAAGGGAUUUCUGAUUGAUGGGUAUCCCCAGAAUGUGAAGCAAGGAGAAGAAUUUCAGUGCAAGAUUGGGGAGCCAAAACUUGUGCUCUUUAUGGACUGCUCCUCUGAGACCAUGAGCAGUCGCUUUUUGAAGAGGAGUCAGUGCAUUGAGGAUGCCGAAACUGUCACGAAGCUAAUUGAAUCAUACUAUCAAGCCACUGAGCCCAUGAUUGCAUAUUAUGAAAAGAAGACACCUUUAUGCAAGAUAAAUGCAGAAGGAACGCCAGAAGAGGUUUUUCUUCAAGUCUGCACAUCAGUCGACUGCUUUCUGGAAACGGAAACGGAAGCAUUUUCUCUUUCAGCAGAAGUACAGUAGUGGUUCAGUUUUAUCUCAUGUGCACUUGUCACAAUCGACUAAAAUGCUGUUCAAAGCAAUACCCGCUGUCUUGAGAAGUAUCUUGAAUUAGUGCAUGUUGUAUUAAAUGUUAUUUUGAAAAUAUUUAUAAUCAUACAGUAUACUAAACACAAAAUGGUUCCCAUACUAAAACCAAUGUGGUUUUACGCUCUGCAGUACUGUAUGUUUAUCAAAAUGUUUGCACUUAACAGGUUAAAAGCAGCAUGGUGAACAGCAGGUUCAGUUUAUAUUUAGUGUUAUGCAUUUGAAUAUAAUCAGAUGUGUUGCACAAUCAGCAGUCAGCUCCUUCAACUGCCAUAUAGCAAAGAUUUUCAGGAUUGCUCCCUCUCAUUGCAGUGAGUGUUUUUCUUUCAUUAACACCAUUCAUUUUUGUACUAACAUUUAGCUUGUAGAUUUGUAGUGGUUGAAAAUCUGUCCUCUGCCAUUUUGCUUUAUAAUGGAACAUUCCUAGAAUUAGUCAUAAUUUGUGGAGUUGUAGAAGUUGAAUGGACUUUUGACAUUUCCCAAAAAUCACUGUAAAUGCAUUGCAAAAAUGAACUGAACAUGAAGAAAUUAAUAAGUUCUAUAGAGAUCAUAGAGACCUGUCCAUCUGUUCCCAUCUCCCAGACAAACUGCUUUGAAAUCUUUGCUGCAGAAUUUGCUGCAUAUUACAAUAAUUUUCUAAUGGGGCCAGGAAUAUCUUUGCUCUUUGCUGAAAAAAAGAACUGCAUAACGUUAAUACAAUCAAAAGCGCAGAUAGUUAUCCAUGCUAGUAAUGAUAUAUUUCACUAAAAAUUAUCAUGUGAAAUUGUUCGAUUACCAAAUACCAUUAAAAACUACUCUGGCAGUAUUCCAAGUGUAAAUUUCAGUUCUGGAUCCUUAGCUGUUGUCUUGUGGCACUACAAAUUUUGAAAAUGACAAUCCAAAAACAGGCACCCCCCCAACCAUUAUCUUUAGCAGUUCACCCUUCCAAAAUUUCUGCAUAAAAAUACAUAAAACCAUAUAUUUCCAUCUACUCAGCCAAAGUGUUGGUUUUUUGGUAUACUGAUAGCCAAAUAAAAACAUUUGACAUUUUUGUGGAGUAAUUGCAUCCCUUCCGUGCUGUUGCACCAGUACACAGUUUAAGUUUGCAUGAUUGAUCUUUUAACAUUUGUACUAUCAAUGAGCAUUAAUUGGACAGAUUUGUAUUUUUAAAGUUAUCUUUCUUGUAAUGAAGACACAAUGCAAAUAAAAAAUGGACAAAUGCAAAGAGUCAUAAUUUAUGCUGCAGUACAUGUGUGUUUGAUCUUGCCUACAGCUCCAUGAAAUGUGUUUCAUUAGUAAAUAUAGUUCAAAUAAAGCACUCUAAACUCAACCUGCCCUGAUUUAGGAAGGGAGUUUUUUUGGGAGGGUUUUUUGGUUUGUUUUUGCGUUUCUUCUACUUCCUAUCUGCAAUGCAAGCACUGGCUCCGGUGCGUCACUAAAGGGUAGUUUUAAACCUGCUCUUCUCCUUUAAUUAUGGAUUUUUUCCCUCGUUGGAUUCCUUUAUAAAAGUUAAUCUUUACCUCUGGCAUCCAUUGCCAACUCCAGAAGACAGCCAUUUGAUACAAUAUGUCCACUUGUACAAUAAACCACUUAUUGAAAAUAAGGAAGUUAUCUUCAGAAUACGGCUAGAUUUCUCCAGCUUGAAGAAAAGCAUCGUUUCAGCUUAAUUUGAACCUGAUGGCACUAUCGGCUGCAUUCUUAUGUUAUUUUCCCAGUAAUUAGAGGAUUUUAAAAUGAUUGUGUGGUUGUAAGUUAUCCUAGGAACAACCACAUUUAGAUAUUUCUAGUCAUUUCUUGACUUGAUUCUCAUUAGAAAGAAAGUUAAAAUGAGUGAAAGGUGACAUUUUGGUUUUUAGUGCUGUUCCUCAGAAAUUGAUUAGUUUCUAAUGCCAAAAGUUACUUAUAACAUCAGUAAACACACAAUUCCAUAUUCCAAAUGUAGUGUAUCUGAUUUAACCGGUAAUUCUGCCCCCGUCCUAAAAUCACAUUUCCUAGUUCAGUGGUUUUCAACUUGUAAUCCACAGACCUGUUAGGCCUUGCUCUGCAAACUAUGUCUAAGUGAGCCACAAACUGUGACACUGAAAAUACAAUUUCAGAUCUCAGAAACAGUAUUCUGUUUUCUGAUUAAUCAAAAGUAAGUGUCUACCCCCACCUACAGGUCAAGAUCCAGAAGUAUUGUCAUUACCAUAGAAAACUCAAUCUAGUGCCCUUUUUCACAUUGUAUCAAAUGAUAUGCCCUGCAACAUCUACAGCUGAAUUCUAAUCAAUCAGUUUUCAGUCUAAGACUUCUAUGGUAGGUAUGUAUGGAUCUCAGGUUAAACUUCAAAAGAGUCUGCACCCCUAUUUGAAAAUGUUUAAGGAUCUGCAAAUGAAAAAAGAUUGAAAACCACUGUCUUAAUCCAUCAGGUAUAGCUGCUAUGAUGCUAGUCCUGAGCCAAUGCAAACAUUAUAUGGAUGAAUAUGCAAGUAUCUCUCUCACACACAAAUUAGAUUUCCCCAUAUCAAUAAGCAGUGUAUGUUAUAUAUUUGAUAUCCAAAACUCUUACACAUCUCCAUACACAUACAUGUUUAGGAGAAGAGAGAAUUGCGUGUGCACAUGCACACAUUCAUUCAAAUAAGAAAUGGCUUUAAUCAAGUAUUUCAGGUCUGAAUUCCCUCAACUCCACACUCCUUCAAACCAUAUUAACCUCUCUCUUGUGCACAAUUGUAAUUUUUUUCUCUCUCAUAUAUUAUGGUUAUUUUCCUCUAAGAACAUUUUUAAAGCCCAUCAAAAGAUAACAGAUUUGUCUCUGAUAAUCACUCUUCACCAAAACUGCUUCCAUAACAAUAGUGUAACUGAAUGGCGGAACUUAAUAUUUUAUGUUCCCAUGAUAUUAUAGAUUCUCUCACACAAUAGCUUUAGUCUUUCAUUAAAGAGAAACGUGAAAUACACCUUGUAUAUUUGUUGUAUUAUAUUUUGUUAGGUUUAUUAAUUUCUCAAAAAAUAUGAGAUAUGCUUACAGAUGAUGUAUUACAUCAUUUAGUGUUUUAGUAAUUGUACUCUUAUCUACUCAAUAUAUUUUAUGCUUAAACUUGUUUUCCUCAGAAACAAAAAGUAAUUACACCUAAGUGAAACUGUGAAAUUUAACACUGAUCAGGCUACAGUUAAGUUGCUCUCAAAUGCAAUCAGCCAAUUACCCUUCUUAUUGCCAUGGUUUAAGCUAAUGUGUUCCUUUUACAUUCUAAUCAUUCUGAAAACUGACGUUUUUAUUUAAGCAAGUGGAAAGCUAAUACAGUUUAAAAUAAUUUGUGUCUGAAUCACAAGCUAUACAGUUCAAUAAAAAAGUUAUUUGAUGAAAAAUAUCACAAUAAUUACAAAGCUUUGCAGACAUCAGCAUUUUUUAGAUUAAUACAGCAUACCAAAGUUGCUAACAUUCCUUUCUUCUACAGUCUGGGAAAACAAAAACAAAAACCCACAACUACCAGCUUCUGAACAAGAUAUGAGAAAACCAAGGCUCGUAUCUUGCAA